AUGAGUCAUUUGGUACUGUCUUCACUUGGUACGACAACGACUGCUACUCCAACUUCAAGAAGUCCACAUACCAAUCAUAGCACCCCCUACAAUCAAAACUCUAUCACUUCAAAUAGAAGCUCCCCAGUUCCUAAGAAUUCAGUCAACUCAAGAAUUAUACCACAAACAAUGAAUCCACCUAUAGAUAUGAAGUCGAACAACAUAUUAAAUCCAGAAAAAGACACAGAUACUUCUAGAGGAGACCAUCUGGAAUCAAAAGCUUCUAGUAUUAGUAGCGCCAGCGGAACAACUACCACAAACAAUAACAACGUUAGUAAUAACAAUUCAACGGGGAAAACUCAAAUUGUUUUUAUCCACAAAUUAUAUGACAUGUUGCAUGACGAGUCGAUAUCCCAUCUUAUAUGGUGGUCUCCAAGUUUGGAUUCAUUUUAUGUAACGCCAGGAGAAGAGUUUUCUCGAGUGUUGUCCCAAUAUUUCAAGCACACGAAUAUUGCAUCAUUUAUAAGACAAUUAAACAUGUAUGGAUUCCAUAAAGUAAAUGAGCCAUUUUUAAACCAAGACGAUCAACAACAACAACAACAAUUACAAUCAAAUAGAUGGGAAUUUAGACACUCUACCAACCAAUUUAGAAAAGGCGACACUGAAUCGUUAAAGAAUAUAAAACGAAGAAGCUCCAAGACAUUGAAUGCACAAAAGGAAGUUGUCAAUAUAAAAUCUUUACCACCGACUUCUCAUCCAAUGGAAUACAACACUGGCUACUCUUAUCAAAAUGAAGAUAGUGCUCAUUAUUUUGUUCACCAUCACAGUAUAACCACCAUGCAAUCACCUGCUGACAUGAGACCUCGUUCUCCAUCUACUCCUAUACCAAUGCAACCAUUAGCACAACAGCAACAGCAACAGCAGCAGCAGCAGCAGCAGCAGCAGCAGCAACUCCCUUCCCAGCCUGUACCUAAUGGCCCACCUGUUUUUAGCGGACCAAUUCCACCAGGUGCCGUGAAUCAAUCUCCACAGGAGUAUCUUACGAGACCAUCAAUUUUAAACAACGUCCAAGGAUCUUUUGAAAAUGCUACAAAUUUUAAGUUUGUUGAAUUGACUAAUCAAAUAAACUUAUUGCGAAAUGACUUUUUUACAAUGAAUAAUCGAUAUGAGAUACUUCAAAAUGAGCUAAAGUACCAAACAGCAGAUUCUAUGGCAGUUUUGGAAAUUCUUGAGAAAUUGUCUAAUGACAACAGAAUUGCAACUGAUAUACGAGAUUUGAAAAAUGUGGUAAGCCAAAGAAUGCAAAGAUUAAAUAAUCAGUUUAUUCCUCAACAAUCAAACUUUGCACCACAUAUACCAGGACAGCAACAACAACAACAGCAUGGUAACUCUGUUUCUUCAAACUAUCAUCUUGAGUCAACUAAUGUUUCCAGGAAUCCGUCUACAACCAACCUCAACGUUGCUCCUCAACCAUACCCUUUGAACCCUCACUAUACAAUUUAUGCAAACAAUCGUGCGCUGGGGAGUUCAGAAAUUAAUAAUGGUGUCUUCCGUGCACGUGAAGACAGUAAUAAUUCAAAGAGAAACUUGUCUGUAUAUGACCCAUUGCAACCAGUACCAUCUAGAAAUAGCUCGAGAAUCUUAAUUGAAGAAUCAACACCAACUCACCCACCUACAAAUUUUAACCCUCAACAACUGCAGUCACAACUGCAAGUUCAAUUGGGCCCAGCAAUGCCACCCCAAGGUUUCCGCAAUCGAGCCGAAUCAACUUACUCUCCAUUGAGUCACCUGAGUAAUAAAUCGCAAAUUUUAAAUAAAGCCCCGACACCAGUAAAUCAUUCACCACUUGUUCAACAGCAACAAAAGGAGGCCAAGCAAGAACUAAAUGACAGUUCUGUUGCACCACCAUCUCAAUCAUCCCUUCCAGUAACAAGACCACUUUCUCGACAACAACAACAACAACAGCAAACGUUACAUCAUCCAUCAACUACCUCAUCUAGAACUAACUCAUUACCUAAUCCCGUUGCAGAACACCCAGCCCCUCAAUCGUCAUACUUUAUGCAACGUAAUUCAUUCAAUACUGUUUAUGAACAUCAAAAACUGUUGAGGGUACCAUCACCUAAAAGAGUAAGAUAUGCCACCCCACCAAGAAGUAUACCUGAACAACCGAUAUCAUCUACUGCUCCAACCACCAUGAUAACAUCCACAUCCAAACCCACUUCUACUUCUGGAGCUGCGAUUUCGCGAUCUGAAAAUCAUUCAGUGGUAUCUUUGACGGGAGGGGCAUUGCCUAGUGUUAGUGAAUUGGACAAAUCCAUAAGGACAGGUAGUCUGGUGAGUUUGCCACCAAUCAAAUCAAUCAAAGAUAAUGAUAAUAAAAACGAUAACGGUAAUAGUGAUGACAAUGGGAACGAUCAUAAAAAGAGAAAAUUAGAAUAA